GAUAACUUCACAAGGAAGUUGAAGUGGGAAAAUAUUUAAAUUACAGCCUUUACAGUUUGGGAAUACGUCUGCGUAUUUAAUAUAACAGUUAAGCAAAGGUCAUGUGGAAAAAAUAGCUAGUAUUUUUUUUCCAUUUAACGUUGGUUUCUCUCGCCGUAAACGGUGUCUGAUAUCGCGAGCGAUUAGAUGUUUCAUUGUGUGCUCGUGACAGGGGUGCAUGUGCGUCUAUUCACGCUCAAUUAAAGCUGCUUCUGGAGCGGAUAGGUGUUCCUACUUAGGGGAUCAUGAAUUCGGGCCAAAAGGUGGAGUGCAUGAGUGAUGGAGCUGGAAGUGCAGGCAGAUGCGUUGAGGAUGACGCGGAUUCAGACAGACCUGCUGGCGGAGACUCACUGAUGGUGGCCGAAGAGAGACAUCCGAGAUCUGCCAGUCCCCGCGGGGUAAACGGGGAUGACGACUCUGAAGCGGAGUCCCAUCAGGACGGCCGUAACGUGGCUGUGGACCCGGAUACUAGAAAGAGGGCGUUUAGCUGGUGCCGUGACUUUCUGUCCAGAUCAUGGAAGGCUAUAUCGGAACACGACUUUCAGAUCAAAAUAGUCAUUGGAGGACUCAGUAACCUGCUGUACAUGUGCAGUUUACCCAGUGAUGUUCAGCCCACCGGGGUCGAACCUCGACGAGUUCUGCUCCGGAUCUACGGGGCCAUUCUACAGGGAGUGGAUUCUCUUGUUUUGGAAAGUGUGAUGUUUGCCAUUUUAGCAGAGAGAGAGUUGGGCCCACGUCUCUAUGGCAUUUUCCCAGAAGGCCGUCUAGAGCAGUACUUGCCCAGUAAUCACUUGCGUACAGAGCACUUGGGGUUCCCAGAGAUCUCGGCUGAAAUAGCCAGUAAAAUGGCACGAUUCCAUUGGAUGGAGAUGCCGUUCAACAAGGAACCCAAAUGGCUGUUUGGAACCCUUGACCGGUACAUGGAACAAGUUAAAACAAUAACAUUUGUGCGUGAAGCUCACAUCAAGAAAUGUAACAAGCUAAUUAAGUAUGAUCUUCCUGCAGAACUGGAGGAUCUGAGGUCACUGCUGGCAGCUACUCCCUCUCCAGUUGUGUUCUGUCAUAAUGACGUACAGGAAGGCAAUAUCCUCAUGUUGGAUGGCCGGGAGAAUUCAUCUGACAAACUAAUGCUUAUUGAUUUUGAAUACAGCAGCUAUAACUACAGAGGCUUUGAUUUUGGGAAUCAUUUCUGUGAAUGGAUAUAUGACUACACGUAUGACCAGUGGCCCUUCUACAAGGCAAAGGUGGAGAAUUACCCUAACAGACAACAGCAGUUACAUUUUAUGAGACACUAUCUGUCAGAAAGGGGGGGCAUUGCACCUGCAGACCAAGCCAGGAUAGAAGAGGACAUGAUCAUUGAGGCAAACCGGUUUGCCCUUGCGUCUCAUUUCCUCUGGGGUUUGUGGUCCAUUAUUCAAGCCAAGAUCUCCAAAAUCGAGUUUGGAUACAUGGACUAUGCACAGCACAGGUUUGACACAUACUUUAAACAGAAGAAGCUCUUUUCCUAAAUUACACUUGCAGCAUGUGCUUCAGGAUAUCAUUUUGCAUCACCUAUUGUUUAGGUAUAGUUUUUUUUUUAACCAUUCAAGAAAGGGCACAGUACAAACAAUUCAGACUUGCUAAAUAACGGUUCAUCCUGGGGAACAUUAAUCUUAAAUCAUGAGGGGUGGGGGGAUUUUGCGACUGAAACCUAGAUAUAAUUCAUGUACAGUUUAUACCUCUUCAUUGUACAAGGCAAACUGUAAAAUUAAUUUUGUCAGUUUAUUUAUAAUAAUGUAACUGCACUUUUUUUUUUUUAUCUAACUUGUGUGUGGUCAACAUUAUCUGUUAAUUGUAUCAAGAAUCAAUCCAUCCAUCAUAAUUACUGUGUAAACCACAGGGUCCAAAUGAUGUCUCUUCAUUUUUGUGUCUUCGUUUCCUCCCCUAGAGUUUAAAAAUAUUCAUCAUAUUGGAUAAGGAUGCAAAUCAUAUUGCAUCCUUCCUAUAUUUACAUACUGUGAAAUACAUCACGUCUUUUUUUUUAAACUCAGGGAGUCAUUAGUUUCAGAAUGUCACAUAAAAUACUCUGUUUCUAUUAUAUGAUUUUGAUGGCUAUAUUUCAUUUAACUUU